UUUUAAAAGCACUGGGAAGGGGGUCGGGGGGGGGGAAAGUGGCAAUAUCGAUAGCAUUUUUCCUUCAUCUGAGAUCCCGGUCGUGUUUUGAAACAAGCAGGAACUAGAGGAGGAACAUCUGCAGGGAGCACAAGAUAAGUAACCCGUUUGAUCAAAGUCUGCAAAAAAAAAAAAAAAAAAGAGAGAGAGAAAAUCAAACUUAAUUAGAUCAAUCCAACUGCCCUGCUGAUUGGCAAUUUGCGCUGUUAUUGCAUUCGAGAAGUAGGUCCAAAAAAAAAAAAAGCUGCAUUGAAAGUGACAGAAAUCCGUAUUUUAAAGGUCUGUUUUGCAACAGAUAACUGACGAAUGGGGUUGCAUCAACCAAAUUUGCAAUCUCAGUCUGUUCUUCAGUGCCUUUUGUAUUGUUCAACACUAAGUGCACAUACAAGUCAGCAUGCACAUGCAAAAAAAGAGGAAAAAGUCACGCAUGGAAAUAUAGGUUUACAUGCUUUUUUUGGACUUUGUAUUUUUUUUUUUUUGAUCUGAGUAUCCACUCAGAUCACUGAGAAGCCAAGUGAGCAUCGCCAACACUUGCAUUCAAACUACUGCUUGUUGCCUUUUUGCCGUGGAAAAUUAAAAGGACUCGGUGAUACAGAGAGCAAUAAGGGGGGAGGAAAAGCAAAAUCCCUACAGGUUCUCUAAGGUGUUGCACGAAACAGCAGCAAUCCGAAGUUUUUUUUCUCUCUCUCUUUGGAAACUUGUGAUUUUUGUGCCAUCACGCAUCAUCUCCCCCGGCAGCCUUUUUAAGAUCUAAAAAAAAUAUACAGAGAGAAGGUUUUUGAUCAGUAUACUAUGGAAGACCAAGUUGAAUGGAGCUCGGAGGACGGAACUUGGGACAGAUUUUAUGUCAUGAGGUUGCCAGUCGUCCGUCGACUCCACCUUCCCACCGCCUCUUGUUGAAGUCUGCGAAGAAACAAAAAUCUCCGACAGGGGAGGGGGACCGAUAUCUACCAGAGAGGUUACUACAAACUCAGGAGGACUGAGAAAGAGUUGAACAUCGCCGUCCUCUUCCCCUACCGUCCCCCCAAGCGGUGGGGGAACGAUCAGAAACAUUUCUUAACGGGAGUAAGAAGGCGGAAAUAAAGGGAAUACACAAGCCCUGAGUGGAUAUACAGCCUCUUUUUUUUUUCUUUUUUUUUUUUUUGAAAUUCGUCAAAAAUAUGGCCGAUAAUGUCCUGGAGUCUGGCCCGCCUUCAGCCAAGAGGCCCAAGCUGGCUUCUCCAGCUCUGUCUGUGUCCACCAGUGAUGGAAAUGAUUUUGGUUCAUUCUUUGACCUGGAGCACGACCUGCCGGACGAGCUCAUCAGUUCCUCGGACCCGGGGCUGACGAACGGAGGAGACUCCAGCCAGUUCCACACCAGCCUCGGGGGGCUCGGCGGAGGGGUUCAGGAUGCGGCCUCCAAACACAAACAGCUAUCUGAACUGCUGCGCGCUGGGGCACCAACGCAGCCAGGGGCCCCCACUACCAACAGUGCCCCCUCCGCGGCUUCCAUGGCGAUGAUGGGGGGAGUCGGUGGACCUCAAGGCAUGCACCAUCAGGGCCAACAGCAGCAGCCGCAACCUGGACUAAUGCAGCAGGUUGGCAUGGUGCCGAACAGGGCGACGGCCAUGAUGGGUGUCCAAAAGGGCACUGCUGGACAGCAACAGCACCAACACCAACACCAAGGGCUUAUAGGGGGGCAGGUUGUGAAUGGCUCGCCCAGAAUGGGUUACCCUGGCAACACAGGAAUGGGUAGCAAUAGUAAUAUUUUGGCAGAGACCUUACAGCAGCAGGGCAGUCCAGCCCUGGGAGCUGGGGGUCAAGCGGGGAUGAGACCACAUCAACCUGGUGCACUGAAACAGAUGAAUUUGUUGGCCAACGCGGGAAACUACGGUGGCCCAUACAGCCAUUCUGCUGGCCAGGGGCUGCCUGGAGAGGGGCUGGGCCCACAACUCCAGAAUAAAGCAGGCCUACCCAGUGGUAUGGCCGCCCAGUUCAACAUGGACAAGAAGACACCUCCUGGUCAAGGCAUUCCAGGGGUGACUGCUCAGCAGCAGCAGCCUGGUGCAGUUGGCGGCGUGUCGGCAUCGGUCGGUGGGCCCCAGGUUGGACUGAACACCGUCGGGGUGGGUCCGGGCGCCACGCCCCCCACCGCCGACCCCGAGAAGCGGAAGCUCAUCCAACAGCAGCUCGUCCUGUUGCUCCACGCGCACAAGUGCCAGCGGCGGGAGCAGGCCAACGGGGAGGUGCGGCAAUGCAACCUGCCCCACUGCCGCACCAUGAAGAAUGUGCUCAACCACAUGACUCAUUGCCAGGCUGGCAAGUCCUGCCAGGUUGCACACUGUGCCUCGUCCAGACAGAUCAUCUCGCAUUGGAAGAACUGCACGAGACACGACUGUCCCGUGUGCCUGCCGCUGAAAAACGCCGGAGACAAGAGGAACCAGCAGUCUCUGCUCAACAGUGUAAGCUUAGUGAACUCUUUAGGCGGAGCGGGGCCAGGCGGGCAGUCGAGCUCUCCGAGCCUGAACCCUACCAACCAGAUCGAUCCGAGCUCCAUAGAGAGAGCCUACGCUGCAUUAGGCCUGACGUACCAGGGCAACCAGAUGCCGCAGCAACAGCAGCAGCAGCAGCAACAGCCGCCACAGGGUGCCAUGCCGAACCAAGUCCUUCACGGACAGCCGGGAAUGAGGACUCUGAAUCCACUGGGUGGUAACUCCAUAGGAGUGAACGGCGCCGUCGGGGUGCAGCCUCCGAACCAGCAGUCUGCGCUGCUGCCGGAUGCCAUGCUGCACAGCAUGAACGCGCAAAGUUUGAUGAACGACAGUGUCGGGAACCUGGGCUCCAUGCCCACGGCCACGCCCCCUUCCGCUGCAGGGAUGAGGAAGUCUUGGCAUGAAGACAUCACGCAAGACCUCCGCAACCACCUCGUCCACAAGCUAGUGCAAGCUAUCUUCCCCACUCCCGACCCCGCGGCGCUGAAGGACAGGCGGAUGGAGAACUUGGUGGCCUACGCUCGGAAAGUAGAGGGAGACAUGUACGAGUCGGCGAACAGCAGGGCGGAGUACUACCACCUUCUGGCGGAGAAGAUCUACAAGAUCCAGAAGGAGCUGGAGGAGAAGAGGAGGACGCGGCUCCAAAAGCAGGGCAUGAUGCCCGGCCAGCCCUGCCUUCCCACGUCUGGCCUCCCACAGGGUCCGCCUGGCAUGGGCCAGCCCCCGGGGCCCCCAGGGCCACCCGGACAGCCUCCCAAUGGUCCUCAUCCCGACCCGUCCAUGAUCAGACCUGCUGGUCCAAAUCAGAUGGUCAACAGGAUGCAGAACCCACCAGGAAUGACUCAGUUUCCUCAGAUGGGGAUGCAGAAUAUGGGUCAGAGGUCAACGCCUCCUCUUCCUCACAACCCUCAAAUGAACCAGAUGGGAAUGGGAGCAACACGUAUGGGUCAGCCCGGUGCCCCACAGCUUCAGACCCAGUACCUUCCCCCAGGCCAGUUUCCUGGCUCCAGUCCCGGUCUCGGUUCUGGUCCUGUUGGGAUGAACCAGCCUGGAGUGCAGGCUGCGGUGCCUUCUCAGAACCAGAUGUCGACGCCUCCAUCCAUCCCUGCCAGCAGCCCCGCGGCGCAGUCCGCCUCCUCGGUCCCGUGCUCCGGGGGAUCUUUUGGUCCCUCCAACGGCAACGGUCCCGGACCGCUGGCCAACCUCCACCCACCCUCCACCCAGUCCUCCCCAUUCCCUCACUGCCCGCCCGUCCGCACAAACUCCCCGUCCCCGGUGCGCAGCUUGACGCCCCAGCCGCAUCAGACGCCACCUACGCUGCCCCGCUCUCAGACGCCUCAGCCACAGACCCCAAACACACCGCAAGUGGCAACCCCGCAACACCCCCAACAACAACAACAACAACAACAUCAGCAGCAGCAGCAGCAGCAACAACAACAACAAAUGCUGCAUCCCGCUCCAUCAGUUCCAACGGCAAACUCAGAAAAACCCAACCAGUUUCCACAGCAUACAAUUGGGGGUGUUGCAUCUCCGGAGCCCCCGGCAGCUCAGAUUCCCUCGGUCCCGACCCAGAACGAUCAUGUGCCACCGCUGCCGCACACCCCACCCUCUCCUAAGACUUCCCUGACAGCUGAAGGACAAGUUUCGUCCCCGGCGUCAAUUACAAGCAGCUCCGCCCACAAUUCCCAGCUCGCUUCCGCAGAGAGCCUGGCUCAGAGCCAGGACAACAUCAAAGUAAAGGUGGAAAAGGAAGAAGAAGAAGAGGAGGAGGAGGAGGAAGAUAAUGUAGGGGGCGACACUGAGGGAAACAGCAAGGGGAAGAUGUACAAGGCUCAGUCUGAGGUGAAGAAAGAAGAGAAACCAGAGAUUGAGGACGAGAAGCCGCGAGGAGACGCGUGUAAAGCUGAGCCCAUGGACACGUCAACGUCGUCUGGGUCGUUGGCGGCAGCAGCCUCGAGCGAAGACAAGAAACCGGAGGUGAAGAAGGAGCCCAAAGAGGAAGAGCAGGGAUCAGGGUCACCAGCCACCAACAGCUCCUCAGCCAGCAGUCAGAGCAAGAAGAAAAUGUUUAAGCCGGAGGAGCUGCGCCAGGCCUUGAUGCCGACCUUGGAGGCAUUAUACCGCCAGGACCCUGAGUCCCUUCCCUUCCGCCAGCCGGUGGACCCCCCGUUACUGGGAAUACCCGACUACUUCGACAUCGUCAAGAACCCCAUGGACCUCUCAACCAUUAAGCGCAAGUUGGACACGGGGCAGUAUGAGGAGCCGUGGCAGUACAUCGAGGACAUCUGGCUGAUGUUCAACAACGCCUGGCUGUACAACCGAAAGACGUCACGGGUCUACAAGUACUGCUCCAAGCUGGCCGAGGUGUUUGAGUCGGAGAUCGACCCUGUUAUGCAGGGGCUGGGCUACUGCUGUGGGAGGAAGUACGAGUUUUCUCCCCAAACUCUUUGCUGCUACGGAAAACAAUUAUGCACCAUCCAACGCGAUGCUUCUUACUUUAGUUACCAGAACAGGUACCACUUCUGUGAGAAGUGUUUCAACGAAAUCCAAGGCGACAGCGUGUCCCUGGGGGACGACCCCUCCCAGCCUCAGGCGUCCAUCAACAAAGACCAGUUCCAGAAAAAGAAGAACGACACGCUCGACCCUGAGCUCCUCGUGGAAUGUAUCGACUGCGGUCGUAAAAUGCACCAGAUCUGCGUUCUGCAUAAUGAAACCAUAUGGCCGUCAGGCUUCGUAUGCGACAACUGUCUGAAAAAGGCCAAUAAGACGCGAAAGGAGAACAAAUAUGCAGCCAAAAGACUUCCUCAGACGAAGCUGGGGAACUACCUGGAGACGCGAGUGAACGACUACCUCAAACGGCAGAGCCACCCCGAGUCUGGAGAGGUGAGCGUCCGGGUGGUCCAUGUCUCGGACAAGGUGGUCGAGGUCAAGCCGGGCAUGAAGUCCAGGUUUGUGGACAACGGCGAGAUGGCCGAGUCGUUUCCGUACAGGAUGAAGGCCCUGUUCGCAUUCGAGGACAUCGAUGGAGCCGACGUGUGUUUCUUCGGCAUGCACGUCCAAGAGUACGGCUCCGACUGCCCGCCGCCGAACCAGAGACGGGUGUACAUCUCUUACCUGGACAGCGUGCACUUUUUUAAACCGCGACACCUGAGGACCGCCGUCUACCACGAGAUCCUGCUGGGCUACCUGGAGUACGUCAAGAGACUGGGGUAUACGACGGGACACAUUUGGGCGUGUCCUCCCAGCGAGGGAGACGACUACAUCUUCCACUGUCACCCGCCGGACCAGAAGAUCCCGAAGCCAAAACGCCUGCAGGAGUGGUACAAGAAGAUGUUGGACAAGGCUGUCGCUGAGCGAAUCGUCCACGACUACAAGGACAUUUUCAAGCAGGCGACAGAGGACCGCCUGACGAGUGCCAAGGAGCUGCCGUACUUCGAGGGCGACUUCUGGCCCAACGUGCUGGAGGAGAGCAUCAAGGAGCUGGAGCAGGAAGAGGAGGAGAGGAAGCGGGAGGAGAGCAGCACCUCCAACGAGAGCACAGACGCCACAAAAGGAGACAGCAAGAACGCCAAAAAGAAGAACAAUAAAAAGGCGAACAAGAACAAGAGCAGCCUGAGCCGAGCCAACAAGAAGAAGCCGGGGAUGCCCAGCGUUUCCAACGACCUUUCCCAGAAACUCUACGCCACCAUGGAGAAACACAAAGAGGUUUUCUUCGUCAUCCGCCUGAUCGCCGGCCCCACCGCCAACUCGCUGCCCCCCAUCACCGACCCCGACCCCCUCAUGGCCUGCGACUUGAUGGACGGCCGUGACGCCUUCCUCACCCUGGCCCGCGACAAGCACUUGGAGUUCAGUUCCCUGAGGAGGUCCAUGUGGAGCUCCAUGUGCAUGCUGGUGGAGCUCCACAACCAGAGCCAGGACCGCUUCGUGUACACCUGCAACGAGUGCAAACAUCACGUGGAGACCCGCUUCCACUGCACCGUUUGUGAGGAUUAUGACUUGUGCAUCACCUGCUACAACACUAAAGGCCACGAGCACAAGAUGGACAAACUGGGGCUCGGCCUGGACGACGACAGCAACAACCAGGCGGCGGCGGCCACUCAGAAUCCGGGCGACUCCCGCCGCCUCAGCAUUCAGCGCUGCAUCCAGUCGCUGGUCCACGCGUGCCAGUGCCGCAACGCCAACUGCUCCCUCCCGUCCUGUCAGAAGAUGAAGCGCGUCGUGCAGCACACCAAGGGCUGCAAGCGCAAGACCAACGGUGGCUGCCCCAUCUGCAAGCAGCUGAUCGCGCUGUGCUGCUACCAUGCCAAGCACUGCCAGGAGAACAAAUGCCCUGUCCCGUUCUGCCUGAACAUCAAGCAGAAGCUCCGGCAGCAGCAGCUGCAGCACCGGCUGCAGCAGGCACAGAUGUUGAGGAGGAGGAUGGCCACCAUGCAGCGGGUGGGUCAGCCUGCGGGUGCGCCACCCGGGGGACUCAUGGUGGGGCUGCCAUCGCCAGGAACCAACAGCGCCACGGCGCCCAGUACGCCCACGUCGGUCGGCACCCAGCCGCCGACCCCCCACACCCCGACUCAGAACAUGCCCCCGGUCCCGGCGCAGGGCAUGGGUCCUGGAAACGGGAUGCAGCAGCAGCAGCAAGGAGCGAUGCCGACCCAACAUCCGCUGAACCAGUUCCAGCAGAUGAGCGGCGGAGCGGCUGCAGCAGGAGGGAUGAUGAACUCUCCCCAGCAGCAGCAGCAAAUGCUUACUCAGAUGCAGCAGCAAAGCAUCCCGGGGGGCAACCCCCACCCGCCGUACUCCGGCAGACCGCCAGGCUCCUCCCCCAUCCACCAGUCCCAGGGGAAACCAUUGAUUGGUUCGUCGACGCCGCCUCAGCAACCCGGUGGGGCUGUGAUGCCCGGCAACGCGGCGGGGCAGCAGCAGCCUCCUGGCCAGCCGCCCCCGUCCGGCCCCCCACCAGCAGCUGUGGAGAUUGCCCUGAAGAUCCAGCAGGUGGCCGACGCCCAAAGGAGGCUGGGCCUGCAGAGGCAAGCCGCGGCGGUAGCAGCGGCAACGGGCAUGAUGCCGUCUCACCCACACCACCAGCCGGGUCAGCCCCAGCAGAUGGCCAUGGGGCACGGCGGUCCCGUAGGGAUGGUCGGACCACAGGGGAUGCAGCCGCAAAACCAAACGGCUGUAAGAGCCCACAUGGAUCAGCAGCAGGGUGCGAUGCAGGGGAUGAUGGCAGCAGGCGGGCACAUGCAGCAGCAACCCCCGCCGCAGGGUAACCUGCCACCACAGAGGAUGGGCGCUCCGCUGCAGAACCCGCAGCAGCCGCAGCAGCAGUGGACUGGACCGGGGAUUCCACCCCAGCAACGGCAGGCGAUGAUGAACCAGAUGAGCCAUCAAGCCAUGAUGGCAGCGCAGCAACAGCAGCAGCAGCAGCAGCAGCAGCAGCAGCAGCAGCAGCAGCAGCAGCAGCAGCAGCAGCAGCAGACAUCACAUCAACCAGCUCAGGGGCAUGCUGCCAUGAUGAACAUAGUGCAGCAGCAGCAAGGGUCAGCUGGGGGGAACAUCCCCCAAGCGGCUCUACAGGAGCUCCUCCGCACCCUGCGCUCCCCCAGCUCUCCGCUGCAGCAGCAGCAGGUCCUCAACAUCUUGCGCUCCAACCCACAGCUCCUGGCUGCUUUCAUCAAGCAACGAGCCUCAAAAUACAAGGGCGGACCCGGUGGAGCGGACGGCGUCCCAGGAGGGAGUCCAGGCCCCGCCGGGGGGCCAGUUGGACACGCCAUGCCUGGAGUCAACCCACAGGUGAACAUGAACGCUGCGAGCAGCCAGCCAGGGAUGCAUAUGGGGGGUCAGGGAGGGGCCAACGUCAACAUGGCGUCCAUGUCUCAGCUGCAGCAGGUGCAGCAGCAGCUGCAGCAUCAGCAGCAGCAGCUGCAGCAUCAACAGCUGCAGCAUCAGCAGCAGCAACAGAGGCCAAUGCUGAGCAGUUUGCAGCAGCCGCAAGGGGUGGGGCGAGGUAUGCAAGGUCAGGGGUCACAGAUGGGAAACAUCAACAAUCUCCAGGUGCGAGAGUUGAUUAUGAGGCGGCAGCAGCUGCAGCAGCUGCAACAACAACAGCAACAGCAGCAGCAGCAGCAGCAGCAGCAGAUGGGGAUGAAUCACGGUCAGUUCCAGCAGCCGCAGCCCCCCCAGGGGCAGGGAUUCAUGGGCCAGGGGCCCCCCGGAGCCCCACAGGGGCAGCAGGCGCAGGGAUACCCGGGGUCCGCCCAGCAGCAAAGGCUGCAGCUACAGCUACAGCAGCAGCAGCAGCAGCAGAACAGCAUGGCUGCCCUCCAAAGCGGUGACGCGGGUCCAGGAGGUGGAGGCGUUGCUCAGCAACCGCCUCAAGGCCCGCAGCCUCCUCAAGGUGGGCCCACCCCUCCGUCUUCCCAGACGCUUUUCCAACAAACUCUGCCGCAGAGGCUGCUGCAGCAACAGCAGCAGCAGCACCUCGGCCCUGGCAGCUCGCCCGCCCAACACAGCAACCCCAUGAGCCCCCAGCAGCCACCGCAGCAGAUGGCUCCGUCGCCGCACCACCACCUGCAGGGCCAGGCGCUGCCGACGUCGCUCGCCAACCAGGUGCGCUCGCCGCAGCCCUCGCCGCGGCCGCAGUCCCAGCCGCCUCACUCCAGCCCGUCUCCGCGCAUGCAGCCCCAGCCAUCGCCGCAUCACAUCUCGCCGCAAGUGCAGACGGGUUCGCCGCACCCGGGCCACCUGAACCAGCACCACCCUGGGAUGGUGGUCCCCGCGCCACAGCAGCAGCAGCAGACAAGCCAGCAGCAGAACGCCAUGGAGCAGUUUGGCUCCGACCAGAGCGCCAUGCUCUCCCAGCUAAGCAGCAUGGCCGGUCUGCAUGGGCCGGCCGGCGGUCCUGACCCGAUGGGCCAGAACAUGAACCACAACUCCUUAGACCACAUGUAGAGAAGCUAGGCGAAUCUCUGCUCAAACUGCACUCACCAAGGACAGUAUUAUUAUUCCUUAGCCUUUUUUUUAUUUUUAUUUUUUUUUACUAUUAUUAAAAAGUUAUUUAAAAUGUUUUCAAUAAAGAUGCAUUGAACUGAACUUCCUAUGGGAGAUGAACAAUAAAUGGAGCAGUUGUUAAAUGAGUUAGAAUGAAUUGUAACUUAUUGCUGUUAAUAUAUAUUUUUGCCAACUUGAGGACAAAGGGAGGUGUAGGGGGGCGAUUCCCUUGUAAACAAAAGUACUUGCCUUUUUUUUAAAAUAUGUUUUUACAACUUUAAAAGGAGGGUCAAGGAUUAAAGAAGAAAUUAUUUUAAUGCAAGUCUUUUGUUUAGUUUUGCGUCAUUUGGUGUUUUUCUUUUUGUUUUUGUUUUUUUGCGGAGUGAUACGACAUAUCUGUAAAUUCAAACAUAAAGCUUUUUUUUUUUUUUUUUUUGUGUCGUUUGGGUUUGUUUUAUUUAUUCAGUUUCAUCAGAGGUGGGCUGCGGACGUCCUGAGACCGCUUCGGUUCCUGUACACAGCUAUUUCUUAUUUUUUUUGUCGUCGAUGUCGGUAGUCUCUCGUUUCGCUUUAGCUGUCCAGGUGGGAACGACGUCAAGCGUCCGGGUCCGAGAUGUCACGCUGGAAGAGACAGUUUUCUUUUAAUAUUUUAUUUUUUAUUUUCCUCGCAGAAGUGCAAAGCCCUCUCCCUCGAAUGUGUGCCCACUCCUUCCUUUUAAAGACUUUCAGAUGGAGCUGCGGAGGCUUGGGGAGGGGGGGAUGCAUACCUUUGUGCCUGUAACGUUUUACAUAUGUGGGCUGGGAUGUAUACAAAUGGGUAGGGUGGCUUCUUCUUCUUUUUUUUUUUAAGAUUCUACUGUUAAGUAAACAGAGGAUGAUGAUGAUGAUCCAAAUGAACUGUGUUGCACAGAAACGAGGCGAAAGCCGGCAGUCGGUUAGUCUCUUUCUUCCUCUUCCCCUUUGCUGCUUCCUUUGGACUUUUUAAAUCCUCCUCUGAUGGAGGACGAGCUCCCUCCUUAUAAACCGUAUCCUCUUUAUCUUUCUGCUCAGAACUUUGGGAGUUAAUUUAAUAUUUUUUACUGUACAAAGGAAACAAACUGUGGACUCAAAUACUGUUUUUUUUUUUUUUUAUAAUAAAAUGAAAAUUAGCAAUA